UUGGGUAUACAUUUAAUAAACAUGAAAUCAGAAAAUAUAUAUGAAGAUCUGCAGAGAGUAGAAGGUGAAACCUAUAAUACAGCGCAUUUCUCAAGUAGCAGGAAGGACAUAUCUUUGCAAGAAAUAAAAUGCAGCAGAAUGGAAGGUCCCAGAAGUCAAGGAGUAACAGGCCAGACCUCCAGGAAGACUAGAACCUUCCUCAUUCUUCUUCUUAUCUCCAAUGCUCUUCUGCUAGCUGCUGUCGUGGUUCUGACAGUUCUCUAUUUACAAUUAUUGUGGCAACUUGGACAUCGAACAGAAGAAAGCAAAAAUGUAACUACAUACCAUAAUGAAACCUUAGCAUGCGAAAACAAGAACCAGCAAAGGCUUGAUCCACUCACAUCAGACUGUUAUUUUGAAACGUACAAUCAAAGUAUUUUCAUGUCAAAAGAAAAGUUACAGACAAUAUGUCCUAAUGGCUGGAUAUCAUUUACAGAACAAACUGAGAAAGGAUUGGAGAGCAGUUGCUACUUCAUCAGCAAUAAACAUUACAAAAAUAAAGAGAAGAAUUGGAUUGACAGCAGAUUAAACUGCUUGGACCAGAAGUCAGAUUUAGUGAUAAUUAACAGUGAAUUAAAGAGGAAAUUUCUAAAUAAACAUUUGGAUGUUGCAUGGUACUGGAUUGGGCUAACAGACAAAGAAAACGAAGGUCACUGGCUGUGGAUAGAUGGGACUUCUUUAAAUCAUACCGGGUUUUGGGGCCUUGACCAGCCUGAUGAUGCCGGCUUUUAUUGGCAUGAAAAAUAUCCCGAUGGAGAGGACUGUUGUUCAGCUGAACUGCAUUAUCCGAAUAAGAUAAUAAUGAAUGAUGCUCCAUGUACAAAACAGAGGCCCUGGAUCUGUGAAAGGAAACUGGAACUCUUUUGCCAUGUUAAAAUAUAAUUCACUGAAAGAAGAAAGUGCUGCAAUGGAAGUUACAAUAUAACUAAUAUUGCAACCUAACCAUGAGCUGUCUGCCGCCACUUUCCUUACUAACUCCUAUUUUAUGUUUACCCAAGUACCUUACUAUCUAAAAUAAAGAAAUUCAUGCAAGGUUUCCUGUUUUACUUACCCCAUUAACCGCUGUUUUUAUUCUGCAUGUUUUGAUUUAUGUCACCAUUUUACAGCCCACCAACCACCUCUUCUAGUCAAUUGUUCCAUGUUUCUUAUCCUCAUUCAGAAAGGAGCUCAUGUCUUAUGUCUCAUGUGUCUACCACUGGCCAGCUAAAAACGUCAUUCUGGUCAGCCCUGUGCAAUAGAUAGAAGUUCUACACAUCGAUGUCACCAAUGACAGGAUUCUGACAAGCAGACUAAAGGUGACUUGAGAUGUAAGGCUGAACAGCUGAGAGCCAAUCAUUGCUUCCCAAUGGAAGGAUGUAGUCACCUGAUGCUGAAGUGGUGUUUUCUGCCAAUGACUGAGAGGGGAUGGAGUACAGCUUGUAGGUAGGUCACUUUAAUAGUGUGCCUACUGGUGAAAAUAUCUAGCAAACAGGGGAAGUGACAUUCUAUUAUUCCCAUUUGACAUCACUGCACACAGCUGUGCUUGGGGAACAUAAUCAGGGUUUCCCAAACCAUUACCAGUAGCAUGUGAUGGUUCCUGGGCCUUCUACCUCCCUAAGCCAUUAAGUGCAGAGUACAAUCUCUCUUCCAAAGAUAAAUCACAUUUCAACUCUGCAGUGGUGGGUACUAUCAUGUGUGGUAAACCAGGAACUAAAUGGUAAUAAGUUGUCCAAAAUGCAUGGAGGGUAAAGUACAGUAACAUCUCUAAAUAUUACAAAAAUAGCAGUUUGUUUUGGGAUGCCUUCUGUCUGAAAUAUGUUCAGAAGAUUUGUUUUUGUAUGUUUUCUGUCUGAAAUAAUGUCUGAAUAUUUUGCUACCACUGAGUAGCUUCAGAGUGUCCUGUCUCUAUAUUUUAGUUUACCCCAGCAUAUGCAUAUUCAAGCCCUUUAGUUUCUUCUUAUAAUUUCAUAGAAAAUCUCCACUAUAUUGUUCUUUCAUUCCCAUUCACUGCCUGCCUUCUGGGACAUUAUUACCCUAUCUGUGUCUUUUUGAUAUACAGCCUAGAUGAUGUUUGUUGACAUUCUGCAAAUGACUUUUUCAAUAAGGUGUUAACCUUUUCAAGUUUGCUGAUGCUACACUUUUGUCUGCAGUUCAGCAUCCACUUUUCCAUAUUUUUGACUAAGUUCUGAUACCUAAAUAUGAUUAUCUUUAUUUUAACAACCACAUCACACAUCUAAAAAAGAGUGCACUCCUGUCAGUUAGCAGCCAAGGUUCACAGUUUCCCUUUUCUUUGUACUCAGGCCUCCAUCCCUUAUUUUUUAUGUCCAGUGGUUUUGCCCAGAUCACUCAUUGGUUGAUUUAUCCACACCAACAAUGAGUUUAGCCUUCUACCAUGUUUGACUGAAUUACCAAGAUAUUGCUUCUCAGGGUAGGCCAUAACAGCUGUGAGCCCCAAUUUGGAUAAUUUUGGUGCCCUCCAAGUUGAUCCCCCAUCUAUCAUCCCAGCCUUCGCUUCAUGCUACCUUCUUGGAUUUAAGACUAUUUCAGGUUAAUUAUCAGGAAUGCAUGCUAUAACUGCAUAUUAAAAUAAAAUAAAUAGCUAUUAUAUUUUGUUAUAAGACAUUUUAAGACAGAAGUAAACUGUAUUAUCCUCAGCUACAAUUGGAUUAUCCUCAGCUACAACACACUGUAGUUUCUUUUUCUGCCUAUCUCACUUCAGGCACACUAUAAGGGACUUGUUUGAUGUGCCACUGAGGCCCUAUGUCUACAGAUUGCUUCAUUAGGUGGCUGUACAGUGACUUACAAGUAAACAUGUUCCUAAACUCCUGUAGUGCUGCCCAUAUCUCAUGUACCUAGCUAGGAAAUAGCUGCAAACUUCCCCAUUGUUCCACCCCCUCUCUUUUUACUUUCCCCCACUCUUUUCUGUCUCCAGCCUUUCUCUUCUUAUAGGUUUAUAUGUGUUUACUAGGCUAACAACCACAAGGGCCUUUUUAAGCCUAGCCAUGCAUCCCAAAUCUCUGAGAAGUUCUGAUACCCUUGAUAAGUGUAAGCAGGGACCUUGGAGAAGAACCAUUUAUAGGGUGCAUGUGUCCAUUAGAGACAUAGGUGCCAAACCAGGGACGAAUUUCCUGUUCCCCAUCAUUUGGGAGGAACUCUGCUUCACAUGGAUGGGAAGCCUGUUCCAUAGAAAGGAUAAUCUCUGUAAUACAUAGUUGUCUCUCCAGCAGGUCUUAUUUAUAUCACAGUCAAAGUUUAAGUCUUUAGAAGGGGUAAUUCCAGUGCUGUUUGUUUUUGUGGAUAUGCAGGAAGUCCAUUAGAGUGGAGUCUGACAAUGCUUUGUAAGCCGGGUCUAGAUCUCCCCUCAAAUGACUGCAGGAGACAGAAUACAGGGAUAGGCCCUUGAGGUGGUCUGCAUAUCACAUUUUAUU